GAGACAAUCAUUCUCAUUGAGGCCUGGUUGGGGUAACGAUGAGGACCAAUGACCCAUUCCGCUGUUUUGUUUUGCUCAGACCACACGCACAGUCUGCAGCAACAAUCCCAAGGAUCGGGUAGAGUGAUGUGGAAAUGGAGAACAGCUGCCUCAGCUCAGCCUCGAUUAUGGUGGCACACUGGCUGCCGAUUCACUUCCACAAUGGGUGAUUCAACAGCGUCACGCCAUCCCCAGCUCCUUCACAAACAUCAUUUCUUCAGCUGCCUAGAACUUGACCAGAAAAUUCGGCAUUGACUGGGAGGAAUGGCACAACCAAUGGCACAAAAAGAGGCACGAUCCCCUCGGCGAGCCUGUGUCUUGCGCGAGUUCGGUGACCGAGGAAGUCGCUUUGUCAACGCCACGUCCCGGGCUCGGCGUGGGUUUGGCGCGCGGUGUGCAAACGCACAUCCCAAAGCGGCGACGGCAGAAGCACUACCACCACACAGACGGGCACAACAUAUGCACCUUGAUGGGUCACCAAAAGACAAUGGAGCAACAGCACAGGGUGGGCUGUUGGCUGCUGCUGCUCCUCGUUGUUGAGGAGGCCAUGACUGCAGUACAACAGGGCUGGGCGGUGCUGCAUCCGCUUCGUCCUGACCACCAGGCGGGUCCUGCGGGAGCGAGCAUGCGGACGGAAUCCGAGCUUCUGAUUCCACUUGACCCUCGUUUGUCCAAGGCCUGCCCAGCUCGCGCGCUUGCUGUGGCAUCGACGGCCCAACGACUUUCUCUACUUGGCCAACUAGGAACGACCUGGUUGCAGCAGCUACACAUAUAUAAGUGGCGUUGGCUGUUACUGACCUAUUACGGAUGAGCCCUUUUUUUUAUGCAGGGGCGGAAGAUUCCGAGCCUGCUGCUGAGUGCGCCAACAAAACAGAGGGAUGAAUGUAGGGUAAUGUAAGGGAAUGCAGGCCAAACAAAGGCGCUGGAUUAUUGACAUAAUCUGCUCGCUCAGGCCCGGGUCGACCGCAUCGCAUCACACCCGAUCCGCCAGGACAAAAGGAAUCCCACAUGCCAAGUUGGGCACUUGCACCUCAGCCGCUCAGCCGCGCCCAAUCCUCACUCAAGCGGCCGCCCACGAGAUGCCGGCAGAGACUUGGAAAUCCAGGCUGGCGCCUACCCAGCCUAUCCUAAACCCGGCCUAGCGGGGGGCAGGCUCUGACGAUGGCGUAGGGACGCAAAACGGACCCACCAAUAGCUGAGAGCCAGCACACAGUUUGCCUCCCUUGCUUGCUGUCUUUUCUGGCUUUUUUUCUCUCUCUUUCUUUUCCCGUUCCCGCGUCACCGCUCGCUCUUGGACUCCACGCCCCGCGCCCGUGGGACGUGGUCACGGCAUUAGGACUACAGCCUGCCUGCUGGGCUCCGGCAUGUGGCUUGGGUACCCCCCAUCCGCCCGCACUAGGCUCGGGAUUGCAUGUGCUAGAUCAGGACUUCGGCGCCAGCCCAAGAGGGGCUGAGCUGCUAGCGGGCUCUGUGAAGUGAAGAGCACGAACUAUCCUGUGCUUCCUUCCCAGACUGUUGUGCUCCCUAGUCCAUGUGGCUGCACGCUUGGGACAAGGACCCCAGCGGGCUCUUGCGUGGUGUAGUCUUGGCUAUUUUUUAUUAUUUCUUCCUCUCCCUUCCCGCUCCGAUGCUACCCCCCAGACCUGUCGAUCACAAAAGGCUUGGGACAAAUCGGGACGUGUCGGUUUGACUGGCUGUCCAUCACGGCAUACUUUCCGCUAGCAAGCGCUGGGUUCUCUCACAUAUUGGUCGCCCGUCGAGAACAUGAGCUUGCCAUAGUACCAUCGCAGCCUCAUGCCGGGUAACUCGCCAUACUCCCAUAACCUCACAUUUUCGAGCAGUUCUGUGUCUCGUCCCAAGCAAGAGAUACUCGGAGGCAAACCUAAAACUCAACAACCAUCGACAAAAAAACUGCUCAGAAUGGGCAAACACAGAGAACAAGGGCACUUUGACCGUGCCAGGUGGCGUCUCGCCCUGCUGGUGCCAUUUUGGAUCUUGCAGAUCCUUUUUCUCCUUGGCUUGAUGGGCGUCUUCUCCUAUCAACUGGUCGCUACAUCGGAGCUUCUCAAGGACGAGGAAACCAAGGAAAACGUGUCAACAGUCAAGAUAGUAUGGGAGGUUUGCAACGUCGGCUUCUCGCUUGUAUCUCUCGGCCUGUGUCUCGGCGAGGUUGCCAAGCUCGUGACCGAGACCCUGACGCCUCUGGCCAUGCUGAUCUCGCACAUCAUCAAAACCGUGCUCGCGUUUGCGGUCCUCGGCCUGGACGUCGCCAUGCACCUGCAGAACCUGGAGGGGAAAUACGCCCUGAUCGGGCUGGGCAUCGAUGGCGGUUUACUGCUUGCCACCACUGUCCCAACGAUAUACUCCAUCCUCGUGUACCGACGGCACCUGAAAUACAGUGACUACCAGCCAGCCGUCAACGCAAAGUCGUACGGCUUCAGCACCCCGCCAAAGACUAGCACGCUGCCGAACGACAGCCGGCUCGAGCUGGGCGACGACUUCUACCACAACGGCAGUGAGACCUCGUACCCGUCCCAGACCGCGAGCCUGGGCAGCUCUUGCUCGCGCUCCGGCUCCGUCUCCAAGCACGCCGGCGCCCUGGUCGCCGGCGCCCGGUCCAUGUCCACACGGUCCACACGGUCCACACGGCGCGUCUCCAGCGGCGGGUCCUCGAUCCUCACCAUGCUCGACGUCGGCGGAAGCGGCCUCGACGUCGCAAAGCCCCGCGCCGCCGUCGCCACCAGCCCCCCGCGCGAGCCGUACUCGCACGAGCGCAGCACCGAGUUCGAGGAGUACGUCAAGCGCCGCUCCAUGGUCGCCGGCAGUGACGGCGGCCUCUCGGCCCUCGACGCCCUGUCGCCCUCGGGCACCACCCGCUGCGUCAGCUGGGCCAGCUCCAGGGGUUUGUUGCCCGUGCCCGAGGACGAUCAGGAGGGGGGCGGCGGUGGCGGCGGUGCGUACUCGGCGUACAGCCCCUACCGCAGCGGCAGCUUCAGCUACGGGCCGUCCCUGUCGCCUCCGGGCUCGCCGCCCAACGGCCCGGCGACGUCGCCGUCUCCCUACGUCGCCUACGCCCCGCCACCGCCGCGGGACAGGGCCGGGAGCGGCGGGUCCGACGGAACGGCGCUGCUGGCCGAGUCUGGGGACCUCGGGGGCCAGUCCAUGUCUCGGAGUUCAUGACGGCUGGGGUAAGGGGCUGCUCGUAAUUCUUGUUGUUGUUGUCUUGUGUAUGCAUAUUAUGGCAUGUUUUUCAUGACCCAUGGUUUGGCGUUUUCUGCUUUUUACUAUCGGCAUUUUCUGAUCUUGGUGCCCGCCGUCAUUCCGCGGGCACCCUCGGAACUUGUGGUCGUUUUGGUAGCUCUGUCCAGACUUGGGAACGCGUGGCCCUGGCAGGUUGCCUGUGCUAGCCAGAUUAGCUCGGCGUGGCCGCUAGUCACAACUGGAAACAAAUGUACAUGUGCCAUUCUCCGUGUACGAAUAUCGUGAUUCCAAUUAUUGUGAAUGGCAGAGAGUGUAAACAGAGAAGGAAUAGACGUGAAUCGUCUUUGUAUGAGUGAGACUUUGUCAAUAGGGAACCGAGUCACGGAU